AUGUCUCUGUACCCGUGGGUCAACAAGAACGGUAAGUACCCUCUGGGACAUCCUGAGAUCAUCUCUCAACCCGGUCAUACAGACCUUUCUCGUUAUUUCGGCUUAGCGAAAUGCACGGUGCUUCCACCCCACGGUCUCUUCCAUCCCAUGCUACCUUACUGUUACGCCGGCAAACUCACCUUUCCGCUCUGUGCCUCCUGCGUGGUCGAGGAAAUGUCCAAACCCUUUCUGGAGCGUACUCCCGUCUGUACUCACACGGAUUCAGAACGCCAACUCGUAGGGACCUGGUGCACACCAGAACUCCUCAAGGCUAUUAAGAAGGGAUACACAGUCGUCUGCGUACACGAAGUGUGGCAUUUCCCAACCACUCGCAGAGGGCUCUUCAAAGACUACGUGAACACGUGGCUCAAGAUCAAGGAAGAGGCCAGCGGGUGGCCGAGUCACGUGGGCGACGAUCCCCUGAAACGUCAACGACACUUGGCUGAUUACAGAGACAAAGAGGGGAUCGAAUUGGACCUGGAAAAGAUCGAGAAAAAUCCCGGACUGCAUACGCUGGCCAAGAUGAUGUUAAACUCCAUGUGGGGUAAAUUUGGUCAGCGUACCAACAAGACACAAGUCCGGGAAUUUGAUGACCCCAAAAAAUUUUCCACUUUCUGUAAUAGUGACACCGUCAAAAUCAAGUACGUUGGUAUACAGUCAGAUGAUCGGGUGGAAGUACAAUACACUUUAGAAGAGGAAGACGAAUCCAUCUCGCCCAACCUGAACAUAUUCGUGGCCUGUUUCACGACCUGUUGGGCUCGUCUAAAACUCUAUGACGCUCUCGACAUCUUACAAGAGCGAGUACUGUACAAAGACACGGACUCAGUCGUGUUCCUUUCUGCCCAGGGAAUGCCCGAGCCACCACUGGGAGAUUAUCUGGGGGACUUUAAGGACGAAUUGCCCCCAGACGAUUAUAUAGUGGAAUUUGCCUCUGGGGGUCCAAAAAACUAUGGGUACAAGACCCAUAAAGGUAAAGAGGACUGUAAAGUUCGGGGCAUCACGCUCAAUAGUCUGGGGCAGAGACAUGUCAAUUUUGAAAUCCUCAAAAAUAACGUGCUAGAAGACUUAACUUCCCCACUGGAGUCUGGCGAGGCGCGCGUCACCGCCGUACCCAUACCAUACAAAAUCGUGAGGAACGCCCAAGAAUACCAAUUGUCCACCAUGGCCCAACAAAAAAAAUACAAGUUGGUAUACAACAAGCGCGUGGUGAAUCCUCACACGUUCCAAACCUACCCGUAUGGGUAUGAGCGGUGGACGGAAGAGGACGCGCACGUGUCUGAACUGCUCACUUCUCUCUAA